AUGGCGUUUAUAAAGUAUCUCAUCCCCGCUCUCGCUGUGGCUGGCCUGGUAGCUGGGCAAAGCUCUUGCAAGGGCAACAAGGUCAUUCAAAACCAAGGAGAUGCCUCUGCUCUCUCCUCCUGCAGCAAAGUCGAUGGGGACAUUGAGAUCGCUGCCCAAGUUCCCAAGGGCAGCAUCAGCCUUGAUGGCAUUCGGGAAAUCACCGGCAGCCUGAUCGCCAAAGGCUCCCAGAAUUUGACCGCCCUGAGCGCAUCCCAGCUCGAAAGUAUUGGCGACACCUUCCAGCUUAGCGGAUGCAUUGAGCUGAGAACUCUCGAGUUUGAGUCUCUUACCGAGGCCGGUGCUCUUGAUUUCGAAGCCCUCCCCAACCUGCAGCAGCUCGCGUUCGGCAAGGGUGUUUCCAAGGCCAAGAACGUCCGAAUCUCCAACACAGACCUGGUUACCCUGAAGGGUAUCAUGUUGGAAACAGUUGGAGACAUGGAAAUCAGCAACAACCCCCAUCUGAAGGAAGCUGAUGUUGCAAUGAUCACCAACAUCACCGGCUAUGCUAGCUUCUCUGCCAACCACGUGGACCUCAAGAUCUCUUUCCCCAAACUCGAGCGUGCCUUGAACAUGACAUUCCGCAACGUCUCCUCCAUCGAAAUUCCCUCCCUCCGGAGCACCCAAGGUCUCCUUGGUUUUUACUCCAACUAUUUCGAGGGACUCCAGGCCCCUAACUUGACCAGCACUGGAGAUCUCGUCUUCGCUGAUAACUCAGGCCUGAAGAACAUUUCACUUCCACUCCUCGAGACCGUCCGAGGUGCUUUCCAGAUCGCAAACAACACCGAACUCCAUGCCGUCGAUGGCGUUCCCAAGCUGAAGACCGUCUACGGUGCCUUCGAUAUCACAGGCAAAAUCUCCAAAGUCGAGCUCCCUAGCCUUGAUGAAGUCCGCGGCGAAUUCAACCUCCAGACCACCGAGAAAUUCGACUGCAACAAGCUCAAGGGUGAGGUUCGCAAGGCUGGCGAGUGGGUUUGCAAAGCUGAGGAAUCCAACCCACAGACCGGAACGGGCACUAACUCUGGACCUGGCAAGCCUAAGCCAAGCGGCGCUGCUAUGGGACCCCUGUCGCCUCCUGCCAUCAUGACUUUGCUUGCGUUGGUUGGUUGUGUGCUUGGAUUUGCUCUGUAG